AGUGUCUUCCGCAAAGCCUUCCUCUUGGGGUUCCCGGCUUCCGCGCCGUAGGCUUCCGGUACAAGUCGGGGAAAAUGGCAGUGGCUACGGUGUUCCCGGCUCUGACGCGGAAGCUUGCUCUGUCGAGGCGCCACCUAAUGUCUCCUUUGCUCAGCAUGACGUCACUCAGCCGGUUCUACAGAGGUGACAGCCCGACAGAUUCCCAGAAAGAUAUGAUUGAAAUCCCUUUGCCUCCGUGGCAGGAACGAACUGAUGAAUCCAUAGAAACCAAAAGAGCCCGCCUGCUGUACGAGAGCAGGAAGCGGGGAAUGCUGGAGAGCUGUAUUCUGCUCAGCCUCUUUGCUAAAGAAUAUCUGCACCACAUGACAGAGAAACAGCUGAACCUCUAUGAUCGGCUGAUCAAUGAGCCCAGUAACGACUGGGAUAUUUACUACUGGGCUACAGAAGCAAAACCAGCCCCAGAAAUAUUUGAAAAUGAAGUCAUGGCACUGCUGAGAGACUUUGCCAAAAAUAAAAACAAGGAGCAGAGGCUGCGUGCCCCAGACCUCGAGUACCUCUUUGAAAAGCCGCGUUGAGCUGGGCCCCCGCCUGCCACCCGGGCCCAGCCCGAGGCCCUCAGCGCUUCUCCUGGACACGGGCUUUGCCUGCCUGCUUCUCCUUAGACCUGCAGCCACCCUGGCCCUGCCGCCCCGUCACGUAGGCCUGCUUCGUGCUCAGGAUGGGCGGACGCCCGGCGUCUUGUUGUGACACCUUUGCACUCCGUUCUGGCCUCCAGAGGGGCUUAGACCUGCGAGGGCGUCCUCUGGCCACCCAGUGUGUGUGAGACUGCCUUUAGUUCUUAUUUAUUUAACUUUUGAAAUUGCUUUUAAAAUUAAGAUUCCCCUCAACCGGCAAUGCUGAAUUUACUUUCACUGGUUUUUCUGAAAUCUGGUGUUUUAAAAAGGAGCAUAUUUUGUGUUAUUUCAUAAAUGUGUCCAUUUUGCCUAUAGAAAACAUAGCGAUUAAAGAAAAACUGUGAUGGUAA